AUGACGAGCGGCGUAGAAGAUGACAAGAACAGAUCAGUGUUGCCGGAACAUCAUCACCAGCAGCCUCCUCCGUUUCAAGGCGUCUCCAACUAUCCACAGCAGCAGCAGCAGCCGCCCGCUGGUUAUCCACAGCCGGCUCAGCCCUACGUCUCCGGUUAUGCUGUUAAUGGACUAACAGAACACCAACGUCUUCCUUGUUGUGGUAUAGGCAUUGGUUGGUUAUUAUUCAUCCUUGGUUUCUUCCUCGGUUCCAUUCCCUGGUACAUCGGCUUUUUCCUUUUACUAUGCUCUAGAAACCCGCGUGAGAAACCAGGAUAUAUAGCUUGCACAAUUGGAGCUGUUAUUGCGACGGGUUUUGUCGUAUUUGGAGCCAUAAGAGGAUCCGGGGUCUGGUAG